CAAGAAUUACCUUCCUCAAGUUUCCCUUACAAAAAGUUAAACUCAACUACUUUAUAUUUCCAAUUUUCUACUAUUUUAAACAGUUCCAAGAAUCAAAUGCCCAAAUCCCCUAAAUUGUAUCAACUCUUUGCUUCAACAAUUUGAAGAACAACAACUCUAAAUCUACUUGAUAAAAUAAAAAAAAAAUAGGGCAACUCAUAAUGAAUAUUAAAGAUAUAUACUUGAAGACUUUGUUAUGUGUGCCUGAGUGAAGGGGAAGUGAAGAAAGGAGCUAGCUUGAUAAUCUUGAAAAUGGGGUUCAUGAGGGGAAGGAGAAUUUGGGUCAUUUUGGAUAAAGGUUAUAGGAACGUCUAUCUUGAGUAUCGUUCUAGGGAUAGUGCGUAGAGGCGGAGCCAGGAUUUGAAGCUUGUGGGUUCGGGAUUCUAGUUCUUUUAAGUUACAUUCAAUAGACAUUUGCUGGUUCAUGAGGGGAAGGAGAAUGUGGGUAAUUUUGGAUAAAGGUUUAGCAGUCGAGCAUAUACAAAGAAGAUCCAUUAUAUGACCAAGCAAAUCUAGGAGCGUGCGGGAGAGGUGGCCCUUCAAAAGGUCUGACAAUGCAUCGAAGCUACACCAAUUAGUCUUGUGCAUUAAUGGAGAUAGCCCCUAAUGAAUUGAAGACACCAAGCAAGAUCGGAGAUAGACCAACCAGUGAUGUUGUUGUAAGACUUAGAACACAGGACGGCCGCGAUGAUUGGCUUUACUGCCAUUCACAUAUUCUGGUCGAAGAGAGCAAAUAUUUUGCUGAUCGGUUAUCGGAUAGUUGGCCGACAUGUCAGAUUCUCGAUUCACGCAAUUGUGUUGAGGUUUACUGUGAAGAACCCGACUUGGACUCCCAUGUCAAUGUCCUUCGACUCCUUUAUGUCGUUGCAGAUGGCUUAAUGACGGAAAUUUGCCACGGUGUCAAGAAUGCACUUGGCAUUUUGCGAGUUGCUGUCAAGCUCGGAUGCCCGAGAGUUAUUGCAGUUUGUGUGGAUUAUUUGGAAGCAGUCCCGUGGGAGGAGGCGGAAGAGGAGGAGAUAUUAAAUACUAUACCAGGCAUGGGAUCUAAUGCGGAACCGGUACUUGCUCGCCUCCAACCAGUCAAUCCUACUGCAGUAAUGAAGAUUUUUCUCGCAGCACUUCAAUUUGCCACGUCAUCGCCUCCUUCACCUUUAAAUGAUCUGAAAAACACUGCUCAAGAACAGCUCGAAUACAUGCUUACCGAGGACGAUGAUGCUCCUUUACUGACUGCCGAUGAAGAAAUAAAGCUAGAAGUCAUGCGAUGUGUCAAGAACCUGUUCGAUAGAUUUAAAAGCCUUGUAGAAUCUCUACUGUGUGACCUCCAAGAAUCGAUUUUGGAUCUGGGGAAAAUGCAAUCGUUGCAUUCUUACUUAACAGAUUUGUUAUGGGCGUGUCAGAUAUUAGGGAAGCUGGAGAUUAUUCGAGAUUUUGUUUGCAGCUGGACGGAGUUGUCGGUGAAAGUACUAACAAUCGUUCAACAAAAAGAUGCAGAAAAUCAAAUUCUAAAGACGAAGUUGAAGGUUCUCGAGGUGACAACAAAAGUAUUAGAAGCAGUAGGACAUGGCGUAGUUGUGUUACCUACAGUAAAACGACUUCACAUGGUGAAGCUCUGGCUUCCUUUUGUCCGGACCGUGAAGCCUUUAGUCGAUUCUGUCACGGAAACCGAGGAUGAUAUCACAUUAAAAGUUGAUAGCGACAUCUGGCAAUCGUUGGAGUCGGCAUUUGUUGCUAUUAUACUUACAUUGCCAUCAGUCGAUCAGACAGACAUUUUAACGGAGUGGUUCGAAAAUCAGCAGAUUUGGUAUCCAGACCUAACCGAGGCAUUUGAAGUAUGGUGUUAUCGGUCCAAGGUUGCCAAGCGAAGGCUGACAACACUUGGUGAAGAGCACAAUAUGGCUAAGGCAGAUCUUUGGAGAGUUCGAGCAACAUAGAAGGCAGAUGGUUAUCCUUGUGCGAGUGCUCAGAAUUGUUGCUAGUCGUUCGAGUGAGUUGUUUUCCUAUGAAACUUGAACGACUGCUGUUUUCCUUCAAUUGUACAUUAAAAUUAAAUUUUAGACGAAGAGAUUAGAACCAGAACAGGACGUGAAGCAGUAAAUUUAUCGUUAAACCAUUGAUUUUCAGUUGAUUUAUUGUAUAACCUUAUUACACUGAGCAUUUAUCUUAUCAUAUUUUAACCUAAGUUCAGAACUUGUCACA